AUGGAAGAAGUCGAAGACGAUAAGAAAGUAUUCGAGCCUAAUGACAAUCAUGAAGACGAUGCCCUACCGGACCCAGAUGAGCAGCUCAUGUUGGACCAAGGAAAUGGGAGGGUAUGGCUCGUGAAGAUUCCAAAAUUUCUUAUGGAAAGAUGGUCAGCUAUUGAUGCGGAAGACAUUCACUUAGCCACAAUACGAGUCUACUCGAACGCCAUCGGAGCGAAUGGGACCCCACCUCGCAUUGUUCUUUUCCUCCCACCGAACAGAAAUCCCAAUAGUGCACAACAUACCAGCGAGACAAACAACCCGAAGCGACCAGUCUUCACCUCGACUACAAAUUAUACAAGUGACGAACCGGAUCAAUACGAGCUUGAUAUGGUCAAUGACGCCGUCGAGAAUCAGAUCGUUGUUGCUGAACGUCCGAAAGAUAAUUCUUUUUCUACUUCCUCGACAUCAAUAUCAGCAGCAGCAGCCUCGGCGAACUCCCGCGCACGAACGACUAUUCUUACAGGUCGAAUAAAACACGAAUGCAACCUUCGACCCGUUUUCACAGAGAACUAUCGGAGACAGAUGAAGGAAAGGACGAAGAAAUACAACACACCGAGACGGCAGAUAAUGAUGAUUGAGGAGGCGGGCGUUGCUGGAGGCAGGGGAGGGAUCAAUCGACUCAGCAGUGGUGUUGGCGUUGGUUCUGGGAAUGCAUUCAGUGAUCUUAUUAAAUCCAGACCAAAACCAGUCAAAGGGAGCUUUGAACGCAUGGCGCGUAUGCCAAGAAAUCAACUUCUGGAUCUUAUAUUCCAUUUGUUCCGUGAAACCGAACGGUGGGGGUUGCGGCCUAUGCGAGAACGUACCCAGCAGCCCGAAGUUUAUCUAAAAGAGGUAUUAUCGGAGGUCGCGAUACUUCACAGAAGCGGAGAGUAUAACGGGUUGUGGGAACUGAAAGAGAACUUCAAAGAAGAUGGGGUGCGUUCUCCCGCUACUUCUGGGGAUGUCACCAUGGAUAACAUGGACGAUGGUGAUGACGAUGACGACGACGACGACGACGAUAUGGAGGAAGUAUCAUGA